CACUUGUAAAGAUAUGCAGUUUAUCUAGGUUGAGUUUUGAAAUGACUAAUACCAUGCACUAACGUUAGUGAAUCACCCAAAAAUUAAUAUUAGAAAUAUUUCUUUUAGUAUUUUAAUUCAUAAGUUCACUAAGUGCCAAGAAAAUGGCUGGAAAUUUACCAGCUUGUGUCAUAGAUGUGGGAACAGGAUAUACUAAAUUGGGUUUUGCUGGGAACAAAGAGCCACAGUUCAUCAUACCAUCUGCUAUUGGUAUUAAAGAAACAGCUAAGGUUGGAGAACAAGCAAUUCGAAGACUUACAAAAGGUGUAGAGGACCUUGAUUUCUACAUAGGUGAUGAAGCUUUUGAAGCAACUGGUUAUGCUGUGAAGUACCCAGUGCGACAUGGACUAGUUGAGGAUUGGGACUUAAUGGAAAGAUUCUUCGAACAAUGUAUUUUCAAGUAUUUAAGGGCCGAACCAGAAGAUCAUUAUUUUCUUCUAACAGAACCUCCACUUAAUACACCAGAGAACCGAGAAUACACUGCAGAAAUCAUGUUUGAAUCGUUUAAUGCUCCUGGUCUCUACAUAGCUGUUCAGGCAGUUUUAGCUUUAGCAGCAUCUUGGCUAUCAAGGAGUGUUGAAGAAAGAACUUUUACAGGCACUGUAGUUGACAGUGGUGAUGGUGUUACACACGUUAUUCCUGUUGCUGAAGGAUAUGUGAUUGGUAGUUGUAUUAAACAUAUACCAAUUGCUGGCAGAAAUAUCACUUACUUUAUUCAAACUCUAUUAAGAGAAAGAGAAGUUGGCAUUCCACCAGAACAAUCAAUGGAAACUGCUAAGGCUGUAAAAGAGAAGUAUUGUUAUAUCUGUCCAGAUAUUGCUAAAGAAUUUGCCAAAUAUGAUAAUGAUUUGGCCAAAUGGAUGAAAAGAUAUGAAGGGAUAAAUGCGAUAACAAAAAAAAUUUUUGGCGUUGAUGUUGGAUAUGAAAGAUUUUUGGGUCCUGAAAUAUUUUUCCAUCCUGAGUUUUCGAAUCCAGAUUUUACCACACCUAUAUCAGAAAUAGUGGACACUGUAAUUCAAAACUGCCCUAUAGAUGUCAGAAGGCCAUUGUACAAUAACAUUGUUCUCUCAGGAGGAUCAACAAUGUUUAAGGAUUUUGGUCGUCGAUUACAGAGAGACAUUAAGAGGGUAGUUGAUGCUCGUUUAAAACUGUCUGAAAAAUUAUCUGGAAACCAUCUGAAGCCAAAACCUAUUGAUGUUCAAGUAGUAUCUCAUCAUAUGCAGAGGUAUGCUGUGUGGUUUGGUGGAAGUAUGUUAGCUUCAACGUCUGAAUUCUUCUCAGUUUGCCAUACCAAAGCUGCUUAUGAGGAAUAUGGGCCCAGUAUAUGUCGACACAAUCCAGUAUUUGGUGCUAUGACAUAGCUGUAACACCAGUUCAAAUAAUUUUUAUUCAGUGCAAUUCACUCUUUAAGUUAAUUCAUUUUAGACCAUAAUUUUAUUCAGUAUUGUUUUAUUAUAUUUUACUUUACUGGUCAUGUACAAUCAUCCCAUAUUGAUCAAUACCUAAUUUUGUACAUUAAUUAUAAUUUAUUUUUUAAAUCACUGUAUUUAUAAACAAUAUAUUUUUAUUUCUAACAUUGAUAAUUUAAUGCAUUUAUUCAUUUAUUUAGUGGUUUAUUUAUACACCAUUUAUAUUACAAAUAUUUAUGUAUGUUUAGUUUUUUAUUAUCUUUGUUAAUUAAUUAAUUAGUAAGCAAUAGCUCUAAUGAAAUUUCAUGUUUUUUAAAAACUGUUUCGUGAAUAUUACCAUUUCUUUUAUUUGUCUAUAUUUUAUGAAUAUUGUAAAUUACACAGUUGUACAAUAUGUAUUAGUUAAUAUAAAGAAAUAAAUAAAAG